CCUGCAGCGGGUUACACAGCAGAGAAGUAGCAGACGCAGACAGAGCCGCUCCUCUACCACUCCUCCUCGCCCGCCAUCGCCAACCCACCUCGCCUCCAUCUUCUAUCUCCGACCGCAGCAGCUCGCGCGAGCUUCCGUUGACUCUGACGUCAAUCAUUGCACUAGAAACCACCAUCGCAAUGCUCGCCCGUCGUGUUGGCGCUGGUCUGCGCAGCGCUGUCCCCGCGCAGCCUACGACUGCCAUUGUCAAUUCGCGUUGCUUCACAGCCUACGCCGCAGCCCAGGCUCAGAAAGCCCCUGCUCUCGCCGACAUCAGGCCCGAUGGAGCUGCCGAGUUCAAUGCCCGACAAAAAGAGUACCGUGAGGGCCUCAUAGCCGCUCAGAAGGAGAAGGAGCAAAGAGAAAAAGAAGCUCGUGCACAAGAUGAUGGCGACAAGAAGAAGGGCGGCGCCCUGAAGUCGCUGAUCUACGGCACGCCCGAGGGACGCGAACUCGAUAAGGACAUUGAGAGGAGCUUCUCGCAGGUCCUUGCCCGCGGCAAGUACGUGCAUUCCAUCGUCUUCCACGAUGUCAAGCCAGACAAGGUCGACGAGUACACGGAGCUUGUGGGCAACUGGUAUCCCAGAGUGGCAUCAAUGCCGGAGAACAAGGUGCACUUGGUGGGCAGCUGGAGAACCGAGGUUGGCGAAUGUGACACAUUCGUGCAUAUCUGGGAGUACCAGCGGUACGAGGGCUACCACGCCUCGCUCAACGCCAUCCAACACCACCCUGAAUUCGCCGAAUUCGACUCCAAGCUAAAGCACCUGAUCAACUCGAAGCGCAAUUCGCUUAUGCAAGAGUUCUCCUUCUGGCCAACGACUCCGCCACGCCAACUAGGAGGCCUUUUCGAGCUCCGUUCUUACACGCUGCACCCCGGCAACCUUCUCGAGUGGGAGACACACUGGAGGCGCGGCCUGAAGGCACGUCGGGAGGUCAUGGAGGGUGUGGGUGCUUGGUUCGUGCAGAUUGGCGAGCUGAACACGGUGCACCACCUGUGGCAGUUUGCUAAUCUCGAGGAGCGCAAGGUUCGCCGCGAGCAGAGCUGGAGCGUUGAGGGCUGGGGCGAGACGGUGCACAAGACGGUGCCGCUGAUCCAGGAGAUGAAGAGCAGGAUCUUGAUUCCUUGCCCAUGGAGCCCGGUCGCGUGAGCGGCAAGCAUCUGUCUUUGAUAUUCCAAUUUGCGAUGGCGAAAAGAAGGCAACUCAGUACGGCGUAAAUCAUGUUCAGGCGCAGGAAGAUUUUCAUGUAGUAUAACUCCACUCCCGGCAAUGAGCUUCAUCCGGACCAGCAAGCGAUCGACAUCAUCUGUAAUAGUGAAAGCGAUGGAUACGCUCC